AUGCCUUGCCAACACAGGUCUGACCACGUUUCUGCUCACUGCUUUCUUAUGACCCUUCUGGUAACACUGCUGUCUACAUCCUCUGAUGCCUGUGGUGAGCCACCAAGAUAUGAAAACAUGACGGUCAAUGGCGAUAUUAAAACCAGUUAUGCUGCUGGGGAUCAAGUGCAAUACUCGUGUAGACCAGGGUACAUGAAACGAUCUAACAAGAUCUCCAGUGUGUGUGGUGCAGAUGGCCAAUGGUCACCCAUUUCAAAGGGUGUGUGUAUCAGAAAACGAUGUCCACAUCCAGGCGAAUUUUUAAAUGGUGACAUAAAAUAUCUGAAUGAAAGCUUGGAGUUUGGUGCACAAAUUGAAUAUGUUUGUAAUCAUGGGCACCACUUAAUUGGUGAAAGAAUUCAACAGUGUAUUGUUAUAGAAAAAGGUGUGCAGUGGAGCAGUGUACCCCCAGAAUGUAUAAAGGUUCUAUGUGAACCGCCUCCAAAUAUAGAAAAUGGAGAAUUCUACCCAAAUCAUGAUGACGUAUUUGAGUUUCAGCAAGUGGCAACCUACAAAUGUAAACAGGUAUCUGGCAAGGAUGAACUGUCCCUUGUUGGAGAGAGACAAAUAAUUUGCUCUGAAAAUGGAACAUGGAGUGCUAACCCUCCUGAGUGCAAAGUGGUCAAAUGUCCAUAUCCUGUAAUUGAAAAUGGGAAACAGACAUCAGGAUACCGCAAGAAAUAUUAUUAUAGAGCAAUGAUCACAUUUCAAUGUAACCAGGGACUCUACCUUCAUGGGAGUGAAAAAGUUGUGUGUGAGAGUAAUAGUAUGUGGCAGCCACCAAUUCCAAUGUGUAGGAGCCAGCCACCACCUCCCAUUUCAUCCCCUCCCACAACACCAUCAAGUAAAAAUGUCUCAUCCUCCAACAAAGGAACAUCACUUGAUUUUGGAGAUUCAAAUGGAUGGAUCAUUUCUCUGAUAACUAUGGCUUCACUGGAGUUGCAAUAA